AUGCCGUCCGUUUUUGGGCGGCGGAGGGUCCGAAUUCUACUGGAACUCCUUCUAUUGCUUCAGAUUUGCACAACUGUCGGUAUGUUUUUCUUGAAACGGUUGCCGCGUAGAAGUUGAACAUAUUACCUUUGAUUGGUUCUGUGGCCUUUGAGAACCACAAUAAUCGGCUGAACCUCAGAACGGUAAUCUUGCUCUAUGGACAAUUGCGCGUGUCCUCCGUAAGGCCUCGCAAGACUCGGAGACAGACCCAUCGACUCGAUCGCACUUGCGUAAAUAGGGCCUCGGGAUUUGACGAUCCCUGUCAUUUGCGACACACUGACACCUUGUUUCCCUUCCGAUCUGACAAGGAAAUUGAUGUUUCGGGAUCAAUUUGACAGUGCGAAGACCAGGAUUAAAGCGAUAAAAGAAGUUUCGCGUUCCUUCGAGAAAAUUGACCAGUGGAAAAAAGUUUGAGAUGAGAAAGUUAUCUCAGAGCAACUGAUCAACGCAAAAACUAUCUUACUCCGGAUGUUUUUUUUUUCCAAAUUUCAGGAAUUCAUAAAGAUUUUGAUUUGAAAGUUCAAACAAAUGUUCUUUAAUAUGUGAAGUCUGCCACAACUCAAAAAACGAUUUAGAGAGAAAAUGGCUAUCAAACUUAUUUGGAACGGUUAUACUCGUAAAAUUUCAAUGUUCUCAUCAGAAUUCUUGAAAAAAAAUGAUGGCAAAAAAAAAAUUAGCGGUAAAAGGAUUCGAACCUUCAUCGUAUGCUCCGCAGGCUAACACGCUAGCCACUGCACUACGCUCCUAGCUCAUGAUAUGGUUGGUGGCGCGAUCACACUCCUUCCAAACGGCGUCAAAUGAUUAAGGAUAAAAACUUGAAAAAUCAAAUCUUUAAAACUAGAAGUUUGUGCAGAUAGUGACUAUGUGGGGUCGAUUCCCAGUCCAUAAAAUAUCGAACUCUACGAUACUAUAAGUAAUAAUUGUAGAGACUUCUUCAAUACCUCCACGAUGGUCUUGCCGUCAUCACUUUCUCGCAGGACUGAGGGCGUCUGGAGUGAUGCCAAUUCGAGGUUACUUUAUCAUUCAAUCCCUUUCAAAAACGCUAGUUUCAGGACACCCAGACGGCACGGUUUCUAGAGUGAUGUGCCACAUGAACGACUCGAAAGGGAUCUCGACAGAAAUCCAUUCAGCUCUCGAAUUGCCACACUUUGUACAGCAGAAGCGGAGCGUUAACUUUCAGUCAGUUACAAUUCUAAUAGUCAGAAGAAACUCCCGAACAAAAAAUGGCUUGGGUCGUUGUGGACAAGGCCGCGCCACGGUCAAACCGAUAAUUGAACGUCUGCGGAAAAAAAAAAAUGAGAAAUGAGAAAUCAUCUAGGUUUAAUUACGGACGUUGAGGUGAUGAGUUGUUCCGGUGUUGACGAUAAUUCUUUUUUUUUCAACCCACGUCAAGGCCUUUUUCUACCUGAGCAUCAAACUCUCUCUGUGCUAAUUUUUGAAACGGAGAAUAUUAUUAUAUCAAUUGUUUACUUUAAGAAACGAGUUUGAAUAAAAUGGGAUGAUUUUGAAAUUUUUUUAGCGCAACCGUUUCGGAAAUUUUGAUUUUUUUUUUCUUCAUCUCGCAUUUUAUCGAAUAAGUAGUUUGGAUUUCAGUUAUCAAACUGAAAAGUCAGUCCGAUUUGAGUUAUUUUUUAAAGUGAGGAUUUGAAAUCUUGAUUCAAUGACUUUUGUGAGUUUUAAUAUAAAAAAUCCUUUUUUUGUAAGCUUCCCUAGACUUUUUGAGUUUGAGAAGAAAUUAAAGAAUUCAUUUUUUUAGUCUAUGAAUCCUUCUAAAUAUUGUUCAAAACUCAAAGAAUUUGUUUAAAUACGUGUCAACAAAUUUUUUUUUCUUGGGAAAAGAAAGUUUGCAAAACUUUUUCAUUGCUAGAAGUUUUUCUGAUUCCUUUGAAAUUUUUGAAACCUCAAAAAAAAACAAGAAUUUUUAGGAUUGAAGACCUGAACCACUUGCGGGAUCUGGUGUCCAAAUCCCAGUGCGAACAGACUUUGACCGUCGUUUGGAGCACGCCUCCGGAUCUCGAGAAGUAUUUUAUUCUGUUUUUUAUUUCUAAUGAAUAUGUGUUUCCAGAGGCAGUUUCACUAUUGUUUCUUUGCUCAAUUCAAGUCUGGUGAUCGACUAUGAACCAGGUAGUUUUUUUUUCGGAUGAUCUUUUGAAUAUCCUCUUUUUUUAUUUCUUCUUCUUGAAGCAGUUGAACCUUGGGAUUUUUUGCGAUAUCUCAUUUUUCUUUGUUAUUGGAAAGAACGUUAGAGUAGCGCUGAAAAUCUCGUUCAGUUUAAUCGGAAGUUAUCCAUUGUAAGAAAAGGGAGGGCGGAAAAAUGUCAGCUUUUAGAACUUUUACCUUCGACCCAACCUUGUGAGAAUUAUUUGAAUUCAAAGCUUCCUGAAACUAAUCCUAUUUUCCAGAGCAACCUGUGCAAAAGGUGACCCUGGACGGACUGAUGGCUGGUGUCCGUCACAUCCUUCCCAACGAGGAUCACUACCAACUCUCCCCGACCAUCUCGGCGUCCAGUCUCGUCUGUCGGCACGACGUCCUCGACGCGUGUCUGGUCCGCGGCAAGGUCGAGGUCGACCUCGACGUCAACUCCGACUGGACUUACGAAUUCGCUUUCCGCACCGACCAGGCCAAUCAGACUCUCGUCGCCUUCCACACUUCUGAGUCGACGACGCUUCCGAUUCGUCUUGAGAAUGGUUCGUCUUCUUUCGAAGAUCAUUUAGAACAAAAAUCAGUAGAGGAAGAACUAUGUUAAAGAAAGGAUAUUUAACUAGGAAGAGAACUUGUUGGUCUUUUUGGCAUCUGGAUUUCUUUGACGCUUUCCACCCUCACUCUGUGGUAGAUAAAAAAUGUCUUCUGCAGACUUUUUCAUCCGAGUCGACUCUGCGGCUCCGGUGCCCGUGGGACUUCUGUCGGACGCCCGUUGGCACACGAUCGUCGUCCAUUCGGUCCGAGGACGCGUUUCGUUUGCCGUCGAUAACUCUGCAGCUUUGCUGGUUGCCAAGAACUUCCGGUGAGAAUUCGAGGAUUUCAAAUGAUGGAGUGGUGGAAUGCCUCAGAGCGUCAGGCUUUCUCGAAACUUGCAAAUCGCUACCUGUACUCUGGUAAAAGUUGGAAAGCCUCUUUAGGUUCAUCGGAAGGCUUUUGGAAGCUUUCUAGAAAGUGGUCAAAUGUCUCACACAUACCUUCCCAACACUUUUAUUUACUUUCCAGAAGCCUUCUAGAAGAAUUUUGGCAGACAUUUACAAGCUUUUACCUUCUAAAAAUCUUCCACUUACCUUCUGAACACCUUCCCAAGGCCUUCUCGAGAUCUUCUAGCUUCCAUUCACCAUCCAAAAUCCUACUGGUUACAAUCCCAGAAUCUUCUCAGCAUUUGCCUGAGCAAAAACUCCUUAUUUCGAAUAUAUGACCUCUUUUAGCUAAUAAAAAAUAACGCGAGAAUUUUUUUCAGAGUGAAAACUUUGGAGAUCAAAACAGUUGGCGACGUGAUGUUGAUCGAUCCCAGCGAUGUGAAAGAUGACUGUGUGGUCAACUUCAACCAGCGCCGUCGUUUGCACGAGUCAGUUCAACCAAAAAAAGUACACUGGUCGGGAGGUCAAUAAAAGUAGGUACCGGGUAGCAACUUGAAGUCAAUCGGGGUAUGAUUAUUGGUGGCCGUUUAUAUGCACCGGGUACCAUUUUUACGGUACCUGGAUACUACCGGAGAGGUAUCGCGAUGCUACCAAAAAUGGUCUCUGACCAGCGGAUGGUUUCCGGUACCAGGAAAAUAGGUAAUAAGUAGCUACCCGGGAACUACUUGGAUUAACCUCCCGAUUCACCUUUUUAGGUAGAGAGAGAUAAAAUGAAACUGAUAAAGUGUGGAAAGCUCUAAAAAUGAUUUGGUUCAAUUUCAAUGUCUUAUUCAGAACCGUGGCCUCUCACUCGUUGUGCGAAGAGUGCGAGUGUCCAACUCUUUCCCACGUUUUCGACAGACUUCCCUCAGGUGUAUGUCAACCUGAGAAUGAACAAGGUUUCCACGGAAGAUAUUCGUCCUUUCAUCAUCAGAAACUUCAGCCUUUUCUUUCUACCGAGAUCCGGAACGACUGUCGUUCCUUUACGUGGAAAAUGGUCUUGAGAUCGACGACAACGGAGCGGCGAUUGUUGCCAUUUCGGCCACCUUCAAAAGUGACUCGGUGCGGAUUUUCCACCCUCAUAAACCUUCAUAAAACUCUUUUCAGGACACCGGCUUGGUCUUUUUCGGAUUUUGGCACAAUGAGCUCCUCAAAGGCAGGUUCCAAGUCUUCUUCCACUUUGACCGUCUGACCGCCAUUUAUUGUCAACACAAUGGCCAAGAACACUGCAUGGCGUGUAGCAUCCAGGACAGAAAAGGUUCUUUUCUUACUUUUCUUCUUCUUUUAUAAGAAUUUUCUCAGGUUUCGGAGACGAAAAGUGGGUUCGAACCGCGUUCUUCGGGGCUGGAGACGAGCUUCAUCUGGUGGCCGACGGACGGAUCUGCCGACUAGACCCCGUCGGCCAAGUCAACAAUAUCAGCUCUGCCGGUUUGUCAACGAUAAAUCCAUUUUAUUGGCACAUACCUUGCUUAGGAGCUCCUGAGUGGUCCCUAUAGGGGCGACCUGAGGGGGUCCGCUCUAGGGACCACUUUACCGAACCCUAUAGGGAUCACUAAGAAUUUCAAAAGUGGUCGCUAUAGGGGACUAGCUAGUCAAUAAUUUUUAUGAACUCUAUGCAAAGAAGCAUUUCCAUGCAAAGAACUCAAUAAACGACCGUUUUUUAUAUGAAAUUAAGAGACCACUAUAGGGGCCACUUGAGCUUGAGAGGCUAAGGGUCAGACCCUAAACUCCUAUAGGGACCGCCUUGAUCUUACCCUCUCGGGACCACUUUACCAACCCUUAUGGGGGUUGUUUUCCCCCUAAUCUCUAUAGGUAUCAAUCUGAAGUUCCUAACGAUUUGUGAAGCAAUAUUUUUAUUCAAACUGAAUGAUUUAUAGAUUGUGGAGAAAAGUUUUUUAUUGCAAAAUAUCGAAAAUUUGAAAAUUCCGAGUUCAGUGGACUUUUUUUUUAUGUUUCAGGGAAAAAAAGAAAAAUCGAUAACUUGGAUGAAAUUAAAAAAUUUCUUGACACAGCAUUUGUAUCAUGCGUCAAAAAGUCCUUUCUAGUCGUUUUCAAAAUCAGAAAACGGUCUUGAAAUAAAACGGAGAAUAGCUCUUCUUCCUUGAUUCUUUAAGAAACACAAGUCAAGAUUUUUGCCUUUCCAGAAGUCUACGCAGUGCCGGCGUUUGCUCACGGAAGCGGCGUUUUCAUAGGCGGCACAUUCUACGAGAAAAAGCGCCGUGGAAUUUAUCGGUCCGACGUGGAACAUCAGUUCUUCGAAAACACCCGAGAGAAAGCCCCAUCGCUCAGAGUUUGUCACUGUCCAACUCCAAACCAAGACGUUCACGUUCAGGGCUGCGUCAAGGACGUCUUCAUCAAAGGCCAAAAGGUCGACCUGCUCUCCGUCUACGAAAAACAGAAGGGAUCGAUGUUGGUCGACGCGAGUGACUCGACGUCUUUUGCCAUCCGAGUUCGUUUUUGCCGGAUUCCGCAGCUGCUUGCCCUCUUUGUUGCGUCACCGCGUGCAUAAUUAGAGCCAAUCAUGACCGAACCAGUCUUUGGUAAAUAAAAAUCCUAAUUUUGAUUCCUGGAUGGCCCGAACGAUGAGGCCUUAAAAAAAAACCUAGAGACCUUUUGGUGUCAAAUUUUUCUUGGAAUCUUCUUUUUUCGAAAUUUUUUCGCCUUAUUUUUUCUUUUAAAAAUGGUUCCUUUUAGAAUAAGGUCAGGAAAAAAAGGUUCUUUUUGGGUCUUUUGCUAGCCCUUCAGGACUCCCUAUCACAUGAAGCUCCUCUGAUUUCAAAAAAACACUGAACUAUUAUAAAUUUAUAUAGAUAGUGUUCUGUUAAAAAUGAAGUUUGAAUUAGUUUCUAACUCAGAAUGAAACUGAACUCAGAUCAAAGAUUAUUUUAGUUUGCAAUUUUUUCUUUCGGAACCAGCGAUGUCUCGAAAUUGAUAGCAAAAAACGAAAAACCUUCGAAAAUUCCAGUAUGGAUGCCCAACCUGCGAGCCGAAGUGUCCCAAGGAUGUCCGUUGCAGAGCCCGAGCUCCUCUUCGGCCAGCCCAACUUGUUUGUGACUGCUCCGACGUACAGCAGUUCAACUCUUCUGAAGGCGUCUGCAGCGGGAUUCGUGGUUAGAAGCCGCGUAAAAAAACCCGUUCAUGAUGGACUUCAGAUGACGAGCCGGUCGUUCUGUCGCCGGCUUUUUUGACAGAGCCAAACAUCGUGCUGCCGGUCGAGAACACGAAAGCCGUCGUCAGCAAGGUCUGGAUCAAGUUCCAGGCUCCGAAGAGCCUCAUCAACGAGGUCGCGAUCGCCGAGUUCAAUUCCCACAGGGAACCAUUGUCAGUUGGUCCAGCACAAUGCUUUUGAGAAAGGAAACUCUUAGGUUCCGCAUUCUCAUCGACGCGAACGGCUUCUUGCAAGUUCAAGUUCUUCCUCAAGACGCCGAAGGCAGCGCAUCAAGUGGACAUGCCUCUCUUACUUUGAACAAUAAUAUUCUUAGGGAAACUCGACCUGCUAGAUGACCGAGUUCAUCUGCUCAUUCUGCAACGGAGGACGCCCUUGGGGACGCGGCACAACGCUCGGAAGUAUGACCUCUUCGUCGAUGGAUGGCACCAAGUCGUCGCCGACAUCGGCAAGCUUCCUCUCAACAACAUCUCGAUUGUGACGAACGACGGCAUGGAUCCGUCUGACGAGCUGAACUCCGUGAUAGUACAUGGUAAGGUCUGCAGAACCCGAGGAGACUAUUUAUUUCGUUUAAGACUUUGGACUGGCGUAUGACUACGACGAGCACUCCUUCCUCCACCAUCCGUCUAACCAGGUGCACCAGGUGGACGUCCACUCGCUUCUGCUACCCUACCAGUUCCGAAAGCCGGACCUGAAUAAAGUCGGCGUGCUUGAUCCCUCGCUUUGGGAGAGGCCGAUCUUUGUCGGAGACGCGGUCGAAGACGACGCCGAAGAAGAUUGGCAGCCGUCUCCGUACGGCCAAGUCGUCGCCUACACCCCAGACGCCUACGUCCCUGAGCAACUCUGUGCGUUUCCCUUUCCAUCAAGCAGUAUCUCCUGGUUUCAGUAUCCGCUCGGUGGCUUCUCUAUUCGAUGGCGCUGACCAUUCUGCUCUGCCUUCUGAUCCUUCUGUGUAUACUGUGCUACUCUUGCUUCUUCCGAAAGAAGGGACGUCGGCGUACAGGCAGCGGUUGGACUCUAGUCAGAAGUCCCUCUAAAAAAAUAUCUUUAGGUUCUGAUCGAGUGACAAUAAUGCGAGACAGUCCAGACUACCAGCCGGUGAAAUUGCGUCGGAAUAGUAUUGGUAGGACCUGUCGAAGGGAGACUCUUUCCCAAUGAAUAAUUACAGCAGAGACGAUUUCCUACGACGGAGACGGAUCUCUAGGAACAGACGACACGGAUUUGCAGGCCUACCGUGAUAUUCCAUCCCAUCGCGUCAAGAUCUACCGAGAAUCGGUACGGUUUGACCACUCAGCCAAUAAAGCUUGAAUGGUCCCUAUAGGGGUCUUUCAAUGUUCCCAAUAGGGGCCACUAACUAAAACCCUUAUCGGGAUUUGCAAUUUUUAGUGGCCCCUUUAGGGGUUGGUAAAGUGGCCCUAGAAGGGACCCUCCAAGUUUCCCUGAGGUUUCCCCUAUAGGGACCGUUCUAGAGUUCCUAGGUGUGUAGCAUUUUCCAAUUAUCGGAAAUGAUUUCUUUUCUGAAGUUGAAACCAGCCUUUUACCCUUUCAUUUUCAGAAGAAGCUUCUGGACCGUGAAAAAGAAAGUGCUUUCAGAUGGUCUCGAUCCUGGUGCCGUCUUCGGACCAGGCCAACGACGCAGCGAUCGUCAAGAGAUCUUCAUCGGUCAUCGUCGUUCAGCCGGAGACGUCUGAAGGGUCGCCACAACGGCCGACGCCUUCUUCCGACAGCCCGGCGCCUCUCGUCAACGUCAACGACGACUAG